AUGCACGACUUCGUCUACCCCGGCACCGUACGCUAUUUACUCACUAGAACAUGGAAAGCAGCUUUGAGCUUUUGUGACCUAUUUGCUUCUUGUUCGUGGCAAAAAUUGAACACCAGUACGGUUCUGCUUCGAAACGCGAGUGGUCUGCGGGCCCAUGCACUCGCCCAGAUACCCACGUUCAACGUUCGCACCUUUCCAAUAUGUCGAACCAAGGUUGACGGUACCGCGAGACACAAGAAAUGGGCUUCUCAAGCGAUCGGCAUCCGAUGUUGAGUCGGUAAUCCUGCAUUCUUAUUGAAGAAUCUUCGUCCUGCUAUUUUCUCUUAACUCAAACUGGGUCCUACCGUAAGUGUCCUUGUGCCAACGCUGGUGGUAUUGGCAAUUUUCAUUUCUCUGAUACAAGGGCAUCGGAGUAUGAAAAGAGCUGUUCACGGAGGUGUAUCUUGCGAGAGUGAAUACACAACUAGACUCCUGAUCUUAUUAGGUAUGAAGAUUUUCAUAUAGAAAACCGGGAUGUCUGCGACAUGCAUUCGGAUCCAGUACCCCUAUAAGUAUAGGUAGUGUUCUUGGCCUGUGUAGCAUGUGCGGUCUUGUCGCAGUCAUGAAAUGUCUUGCAGUACUCGUUAGCGGCCAUUUGUCUACCAACGAAGAUGCAAAAUUCAUGGGAGUAUUGGGUCCAGAUUUCAGAGAGAAGAUUAUUUGACUCGACAUUGACCUUUGCUGACUUUAUCAAGGGCUUGGGUUGUCGAGCAACCUUCACCCAGAAUAUAGUAACUCAAGUCUCCGACUA